UUUUAUAAAUGUGAACGAUGCUCUAAAAAUGAAGGCUGGAUCGGCUGUUUUAAUGGACGUGGCUAAAGCGUAACGCAGAUGCACGCAGUAAACACUAAGAUGCAAGCGGAGUGCGGAGUGAAGUUUGCCUUGGCAAAACAAACCAAACAGUAAUCAGCCACGCUAGUUUGCACGUUACUGUGAUUUAACGAGGUUCGGUGAUUUCGGUAUCGUGAAGGAGGAGAAGAACGAUGGAUGUGAGAGUGAAGAAGGAAGAGGAGGAUGAAUGUCCGAUAUCGCAACUGCAAAUCAUGCCAGGAACGCUGGUGGAAACCGCACCCCCAGACCCAGUCACUGAAACACAGCCAGCAGUCCCAAUCAAGACGGAGAGCGCCGAAUUACCCCUCAGCACAGGAGAAGCCGAAGCAACGAUGCAGGCAGCGGAGAGCAAGACUCCCAAGAGGAGAAAGAAAAGGAAGCCAGUCGCUGCCAGCAAGACCGUGUACAGGUGUGACCUCUGCGAGAAGAACAUCAAGCACCUGACCAGCUUCCAGGAUCACCUGAGGAUCCACACGGGUGAGCGGCCGUUCACCUGCUCUCAGUGCGGGAAGAGCUUCGUGCGGAGCUCGGACCUGAUCAAGCACCGGCUGGUCCACUCGGAGCAGAGACCCCACCCCUGCCCCACCUGCGGCAAGCGCUUCAAACUGCGGGGGGACCUGACCAAACACCAAGCCGUCCACUCCGAGGUCAAGCCCUUCACCUGCCCCUCCUGCGGCAAGACGUUCAAGCGCGCCGCCUGCCUGGUGAAGCACGAGCGCGUCCACGACCCCGAGAGCCCCUUCAGCUGCCCGGAGUGCGGCCGCGGGUUCAAGUGGGAGGCGUCGCUGACCGAACACCGGCGGAUUCACAGCGGGGACCGGCCCUUCGUGUGCGGGGCCGACGGCUGCUCCAGGAGCUUCACCCACUUCUCCACCUACCAGCAGCACAAGCGUGCCCACCAGAACCAGCGACAGUUCAAGUGCGGGACCUGCGAGCGCGGCUUCAACCAACGCUCCAACCUGCUCAAGCACGAGAGAACCCACAGCCAGAAGAGCUAGCGCCUGGGCAGGACUGUGCGUCCGUCUGUUCAUGUACAGGGCUUAGAUAACGGGUGCAUCAAUUAAUCAUCUUAUUUCCAUCCCUGUAUUAAGUGGGUUCAUGGAUCACCUCCGGGGGGGGGGGGGUGUAUUUUAAAUGACCAGGCGAAAGGGGAAUUAUAUAUAGGUGCUGAGAUCAGGGGUUGACUGCAGUUACAAGAGGACUUACUAGACAAAGAGAAUCAUGUUGUUAGAUUUGAAAAUACUGUAAAAUGUACCCAAGGUUGUGAUUUUGGAUGGUUGUGGUGUAAAAAAAUAAACAAAUAAAAUAUAAAAAAAACAGCA